AAGAAAAAAUGAUCAUACAAUAUGGGUGUAGAACCACCUUGCAACGGUUGAGUUGAAAACGCGAUCAUAUAAAUACUGAGGAUAAAUCUCAUCGUGAAUUUGCCGCGGUUCUUUCUGUACCGCACGAUUGGCUGAAACGUUUGGAAAGAACACAACGUCUCUGAUUGGUAGGCUGAAAGUUUUAGGCUUCCUCAAUUCCGGACCAUGAGACGCUGCGCUGACAGUUCAAAUUUGCUGUCAAAUGGUUUAUGUAAUUUUGAUUCUUGAGAUUCGCCCGCUUUGCCGGUCUACGGUUAAUGAUAUUUCUGUAAUAUUACGUGUGACUACCUCCAGGAUUACGCUCGACGAUCGCGUAGAUAUUGCCUUGUAAUUUCUACCUUGAUAUAUCAAUCAACAUGGAUACGGACCACGGUAACCUCAACUCUUCCGGACUUGACAUUGUUUAUUACGGGGUUUACGUACCACAGGAGGACUCUAACUGGUUCGAAUCUAAAGACCAGCUAUAUGUCUACACGGUCAAGACUGAUGCUCUCAAUAUAAUCAAGAAAUAUAAAAAAGGUCGCUUCAAAAGUUUUAAAACUUAUAAUGAAGCAAAAAACUUUGCUGAACACGGCAAUGAACAGUUUUUUACAUUGACAACUGAGAGUCAGUCUAUUUCAAAUAAACGCACUGGCCAAGUCGAAGAGAAAUCUGGUAAUUUUAAGGCUCCCAAACAGCAAGAAACCGUGCAGUUUAGAAAGUUUAUUGAAAAUGGGGACUUGGCUAGAGUCAAGCAAAUAGUUUGGGAAAAUCCAAGAUACUUGAUCAGUAGUGGUGACACCCCUGCUAUUUUGAAAGAAGGUUCUCGAUACAAUGCUUUGCACAUAGCAGUGAGAGUCGCUUGUAGAGCAGAUAUGUGCGAACUGAUAUUGAAUACAGUGGGAAAUCCUGACUUUAUAAAAUUAUUGGAUGGGGAAGAUGAUUAUUCAAACUACCUUAAUCGAGCUCAAAUAUUAGUCGAUUUAUAUUUAAACACUCCUGACAAGGGUCUCAAUGAGACUCCGCUACAUUUUGCUGUGAAAUUUGGACUUAAAGAAGUUGUUCAAGUUCUUGUUUCUUAUCCUCAAUGUUUAAAGACACCUCGGAAUAAGUAUAAACAAAUUCCUGCUGAUAUAAUAUGCAGCAGAAAGUGUCAGGAAGACGAGGUAUUGAAGAGGGAAAUACUUUCGUUGCUAGAUGAAUUAUAUUAUGUGCCUGUGAUAAGAUCUGAGGAUAAUACAACUCAACCAUUAAUUGGCGAGCUCUUUUCUCCUACUAGUCCGCUUGUAAGUGGUAACGAAAAUAAAUUAAACACUGAUCCGAUAAGUCCACGGGUAGAGGUUUCUGCAUUUGCCGGACCAAUGAGUAAAAACCAAGCUGUUGAGUUUAGGAGAAAGUGGAAAACUCCACCUAGAAUACGUAACACUCCGACUAAAAAAUUGAACCUUUCAUUCGAUGAUUCUUACAGUCAGAAUAGCCCUGCAUCAAACACUAUAUAUCGGCUACAAGAUACAGAAAAAGGACUUGAACGUGUCGGUAGAGACCUUGCCAAAGAAUAUCGUGUUGCAUGGAAAGAGUAUUGGCCUUUCUUGAAUACCUUUGCCGAUCUGACCAGUAAGGAGGGACUUGCAAAACUUGAGGAGUUUUUUCAGCAAAAGUUUAACAAUUCAUCAAAGCAGAGUAUAGAAAAAAUGGACAUUGAAGCAUGUCCAAUUAAUGGUAAUGAUCAAGGGUCAGAUUACGAAAUAAAUGCUCUGUGUACCCAGCUAAGCUUUUCCACGUUGAAUAUGCUGGAUAAUCAGGGAUCAAAUAAAUUUGAUUCACUGCAGAGCCAGUUAUUAUGUGACCUGUCUGGUAGCGAUGAAGAAUUCGAAUUUUUCACACCUCCAUCAUCCCCACAAUCUAUAUCCAGCGAUUCGGACGACGACAUGUAUGCUGCUGAACAAGGGGACAUGACGUUUAUUCAUGGAAACACAGCAUCAAAAUUAGAUUAUGCGGUUUAUCAUGCCAUCUCGGACAUGGAUAUGAACCCAAAUUUGUAUCCAAACAUUUAUCGUUGGCGUCACCAGCUCCAGUUGAUUACGGAGAACGAACCUUCAAGGUCAAGGUUGAAUACCCCAUUUGCACUGACACGAAAGCUACCAUGGAGUCUAUCUCAAAAUUGUGUUAAAACUCUGGAAUACAAUUGAUGGAAAUGGAUGAUCUCAGUUUUUCAUUCAUUAAACACAUUAAACGGUAAAUAAUAAUUAUAAUGAGUGUGAUGAGUCUUUGAAAGAGAAGAAGAUGAUUUGUGUGGAAGACAAAUAUAGUAUGUAAGACAACAUGCAAAGAUGAAAUAUCACAAGAGGUUUAUUGGAUUCUUGUGAAUUAUGCUUUUAGAAGUACAAAACUGAAUCCUUAAAAGAUUGGUACAGCAUAUUUCCCUAAAGGGUAUUGCUACAAAUCCCCCAUGUGAAUAAAAAGUGAUUUAUAGAUUUUUAAAAUUUCCUAUAAAUACUAUAUUAUUCUUGGUGCUCAUAAAGCUUGUUACCUGGUUCAAUCAAAAAUUGAAGAGCAGUGGACCCUGAGUAAGUUCGUUUGACUUAACCAAAAAUUUGCGGCAAACUAAAAGUACUGAAGUUAUUGUCACUUGUGACUUCCUUUUUGACAUGCAACAUAAUUUUGUAUCAGCUGAUUCGGUAGCCUGGAGCAAUGCGUCAAAUACAUCCACCCAGGGACUAGAAAAAGUCGAUUCUAUACUUCCAAUUUUCACGCAAAUCUGAUAAAACACAAAUUGAUGGUAAAUUUAACUGCUUUUGUGUAAAUCAAACUUGAUCUUUAUUACUGAUAUUUUUUCACAUGUGAUAUUCUAUAUUAUUCAGUGGUAAAUAAUUCAAAGCAAUUGAUUUCAGCACAAUUGUUACGAAAAACAUGACUUACAAAAAUUCGUUCUAUGCCUCUUCAAUUACAAGUCUUUCUG